AGCUUUUGUAGCGCACGUCGAAAUUCUGGUCAGUCAAUGUCUGUUAGUUGUGAUUAGUUUUAAUUUUGCAGACGUUUGAGGACUUCAACCUGAACAGACAUGUAUUUUGAGUGCCUUAUUCUGCUCAUGUUGGCUCAAACAUUGCUGGUUCGGCCGGUUCCUGUCGAUAGGAUCAAUGUUCAGAUCCAGCAGCCGGUCGUUUUGGGUCAUCGGCCCGUCACCGGCCGAGUCCUUCUCAAUGGAGUCCCCAUUCCUGCCACCAACCAGAAACUCAGCAGCAUUCUUCAAAGAAUGUCAGCUGAUUUACUCACUCUUAGACUCCUCAGUGACAACCAGGCGGCAUUGCUGAGGAACCACAGCUACCUUUGGUCUCGUGACUGCACACUGGAGGGGUCCGAGCUGCAGAGGACGGAUCGUUUUUUCUACGACGGUGUGGUCUACCUGUCUCUGAACCACAAUGGCACUUGGACAGCUCACACUUUGCAAGCAGGGGCCCUCAAAGCGUUGUGGGAGCGAGUGGUGCGGCGCUCGAUGGAGGACGAAUGCAUGAUUCUGAUGAGCGAAUUGAAGCUUUCUGAAGAGCGCACAGAGCCAGAGAUUCCUUUCCCGCAGUUUUUGAUCUCAAUCUUGGCACUUCUGGCCUUCACUGGGCUCGCUGGCAUCAGCUUCCUCCUUGCCACUAAACAGGGUCUGACUCCCCCUGGGGGGGUUCUUGGAUCUAUCGUACACUACCCUAAGAACAUGGCAGAGCUGAAUUCAACGAUAAAACCCAAUAGUUAUCAUACCUUCAUAAAUUAUUAACUUUUAUCCUGUAUCAUAAUAGCUCUAGUAGUCACGCCACACUAUAUUGCCAAAAGUAUUGGGCCACCCAUCCAAAUGAUCAGGAUCAGGUGUCCUGAUCACUUGGCCCGGCCACAGGUGUAUAAAACCAAGCACUUAGGCAUGGAGACUGUUUCUACAAACAUUUGUGAAAGAAUGGGCCGCUCUCAGGAGCUCAGUGAUUUCCAGCGUGGAACUGUCAUAGGAUGCCACCAGUUGUGAAAUUUCCUUGUUUCUAAAUAUUCCAAAGUCAACUGUCGGCUUUAUUAUAAGAAAAUGGAUGAGUUUGGGAAAAACAGCAGCUCAGCCACAAAGUGGUAGGCCAUGUAAACUGACAGAGUGGGGUUAGCGGAUGCUGAAGCGCAUAGUGCAAAUACUUUCUGCACAGUCAGUUGCUACAGAGUUCCAAACUUCAUGUGAUCUUCCAAUUAGCCCACGUACAGUAUGCAGACAGCUUCAUGGAAUGGGUUUCCAUGGCCGGGCAGCUGUGUCUAAGCCAUACAUCACCAAGUCCAAUGCAAAGCGUCGGAUCGAGUGGUGUAAAGCACGUCGCCACUUCAAUCUAGAGCAGUGGAGAUGCUUUCUCUGGAGUGAUGAAUCACACUUUUCCAUCUGUCAAUCUGAUGGACGAGUCUAAGUUUGGAGGUUGCAAGGGGAACGCUACAUUUCGGACUGCAUUGUGCCGAUUGUGAAAUUUGGUGGAGGAGGGACAAGCGGUAGGAAAUGGAUGGAUGGAUGGAUUUAUGGUGUAGGGUUGUUUUUCAGGAGUUGGGCUUGCCCCCUUAGUUGCAGUGAAAGGAAUUUUGAAUGCUCCAGGAUACGAAAACAUUUUGGACAAUUCCAUGCUCCCAACCUUGUGGGAACAGUUUUGAGCGGGCCCCUUCGUCUUCCGACAUGACUGUGCACCAGUGCACAAAGCAAGGUACAUAACGACGUGGAUGCCACAGUCUGGUGUCGAUGAACUUGACUGGCCUGCACAGAAUCUUGACCUGAACCCGAUAGAACACCUUUGGGAUGAAUUAGAACGGAGACUCAGAGCCAGGUCUUCCCGACCAACAUCGGUGCGUGACCUCACCAAUGGAUGGAAGAAUGGUCAAAAAUUCUUAUAAACACACUCCGCAACCAUUUUGACAGCCUUCCCAGAAGAGUUAAAGCUGUAAUAGCUACAAAAUGUGGACCGACAUCACAUUAAACCCUAUGGGUUAGGAAUGGUAUGGCAUUUUAAUUUCAUAUGUGAGUCAAUGCAGGCGGGCAAAUACUUUUUGCUAUAUAGUGAAUGCUACUUUAUAGGAAAAAUCAUGCACUCUGGAACCAAAGCGGAUGUACGACAAAAGGCGGAACGGACCCGUGACACCCGUACCACGGGUCAAUACUAAAAUCUACGGAUUUGCGGCAUAAUUGCCGUGGGUCCGUUACUACCUUGCGGAUCCACAAGUAUGUGUAUCUUAGCCUCACUUUGUAGAGGACGUAAUCUGCCACGAACGACUUUGUUACGUCACUUGCUGGCAUCUCUCAGAUCAUAUGGGAGUGCACUCCACUAUUUGGGAGCAAUUCACUCAAAGGUCACCUUUACUUUUUAAUCUUGGACGAGGUACAACAGGCAGAAGGCACUCAGCUACCGGCAUUGAAUUAAUACAGGGGUCGGUAACCAAAAACGUUGAAAGAGCCACGUUGGAACAAAAAUCCAAAAAACUCAUCAGUGUGAAGCCGCAAAAAAUGAAAAUCUGUAUAUAAGUCUUAAAAUGAAGGAAACACAUGACGUAAGUGUCUAUAUUAGCUAUAAUAGCCUACUAUCAAAAGGACUAUGUGUCGCAGGCUGAGGCAAAUCUUCGUUGACAGAAAUUUUGAAAUUUUAUAAUUAUUCUACACAUUUUUACAACAUUAUAAACCAUUUGUAAAUCAGAGGCUACUCAGAAGGUGAGAUAACUCCUGGAAAUUACUGGCUUUUAAUGGCCAAAGGUAUAGACGUGUGUCCAAGUUAAAGGAAAUGGCAGGCUGUCUUCUUUUAAUACAUUUAUUACAAUCUUUGGCAAGCCAGGUAAAAUGUUUACUGUGGUCUGGAACAACGUGGCACACAAACAACGAUCUGAAAUGCAGCCAAUAUUACAUACAGAUAAUUUGUCAUGAGACAUGCAAAACUAAAUUAUCUACAAGAGGAUAAAAGUAAAGGAUAUUAAAUGGGCUCAAAUACACCAUUAAACGAGGCAUAAUUAUGCAAUAUGCACAUACAGCUAGCCUAAAUAGCAUUGAUUAGCUUGCAGUCAUGUACUGACCAAAUAUGCUUGAUUAGCACUCCAACAAGUAAAUAACAUCAACAAUGUUCACUUUUGUCGGUUCACGCACAGCAUGAAAGUUUUAGUGGACAAAAUAAGAAAAAGAAGGAGUGGAAUAUUUUACAUGUAAACAAACUGUGGCGUCACAAUCCACACUAUGGUGAGUUUAAAAACCGCCGAAAUUAGUAAGACAAAACGAUGUUUACCAAAUACUCUCAUCAGUCAAGCAUACACAAAAACAUAUUAAACAGUGGGCUUUCUAUCAAUUGGGAAAGUUUGCGUUAUGUUUGUCCUCAAACAAAAUGCAUACUAAAACAAACCCCAAAAAAUGUCCCUAUCAUUUUCCAUUUUCAAUCCUUUUUAAAAAAUGCUCCAGGGAGCCACUAGGGUGGCAAAGAGUCAUGGGUUGCUGACCCCCGACCUAACAAGACAAUGAUCUACCAAGUAUGGAGGCGCUUUGCCAUUGAGGACCUUGUAAGUAAUUAAUAGAAUUGUGUAAUGUAUCUUGAAUUUAACAGGUAGCCAGUGCAAGGACGCUAAAAGGAGAGUAAUAUCACUGAAUUUAUGAGAGAUUAACUAAAGCUUAAAGUGAAGGAAUUGUGGUUUAACAGCAAGCAAUCUAUUAAGGUUUUGAUAAGAGACGUGAAAUUUGCAUUACAAUACCCAAAACGUUAGGAAAAAAGAAAUGAUCAUUUCAAUUUGAGACUAAGAUACUUUUGAUCUGAGUUUGGAAAUGUUUCUGAGGUGGAAAAAGCAGGAGGUUAUCAAAACGCAUGGAGUGAUUAGGUGUAACUUCAAGAUUUCUCAGACUUGGGCGCACUUUUGUAACAAGUGACCUAGGCACACUGGCUACUUUUGAAGUUGCAGUCUCGGGCAAUAAUUAACACCUCAAUGUUGGCAGUGUUUAGCUGAAGAGUAUUACUAACCAUAUAGUCUUGACCUUUACUCAGACAGUCAUUUAGCGGAAUCAUUUCUUGUGUCCUACCAGGUGUCAACGAGAAAUAUAACUAAAUGUCAUUUGUGUACAUGUGGAAUGAGAUUCCUGUAUAAAAAAUGUGUAAUUGCAUCCUUGAAUUGAAGUCUGCAUAGGGGGAAAAGGAUAAGCCCCAAAACUGAACCCUGCGUCAUGUCUUAUGAGAGCUCUGACUUAUUAGGGCCAACAGUCAUAGAGAAAGAUCUGCCAAAUGUGAUUUUAAGUUGUUCCUGAAUGCCCACCCAGCCCCUCAGCUGGUUCACAAGGAGUUGGUGAUCAACAGUGUCAAGCAGAACCAGAAUUGUGCAAGCAUCAGAGGCCAUCAACAUGUAAUUGGAGACCCUGAGAAUAGUGUCUGUGGAAGGCAACUGACAGUAACCGGAUGGAAAUUGAUUAAAUAUAUUGUGUUAGUUUAAAGCAGAGACCAACUGGUUUUCCACAAUUUUGUGAAAAAAAGUUGGACUCAAAGGGCACAAAAAUAUGUAAAAGCAACUGUCAUUGUGUAGUUUUCUCGAUAAAUGUUCAAAGGAUUAAACGUUUACAAAGCGUUGGGAUUAGGGUUAUCCUAUCUUUUUUUUAAUCAUAAUGAUCUAAUGCAGAGGUGUCCAAACAUUUUCCAGCGAGGGCCACAUAGAGAAAAAUUGAAGGAUGCAAGGGCCACUUUUAUACAUUUUGUAUAUGGAAAAAUACUCAAACCAAAACCAUGUACCUUAUUUUUCGGACUCUAAGUCACAGUUUUUUUUCAUAGUUUGGCCGUGGGUGCGACUUAUACUCAGGAGCGAUUUAUGUGGGAAAUUAUUAAGACAUUACCGUAAAAUAUCAAAUAAUAUUAUUCAGCUCAUUCACGUAAGAGACUAGACGUAUAAGAUUUCAUCAAAUUUAGAUAUUAGGGGUGACAGAUUGUCUGGUAAACGUAUAGCAUGUUCUAUAUGUUAUAGUUAUUUGAAAGACUCUUACCAUAAUAUGUUACGCUAACAUACCAGGCACCUUCUCAGUUAUUUUUGAAUCAUGUAACGUACACAUAUUCAGCCUGUUGUUCACUAUUCUUUAUUUACUUUAAGUUGCCUUUCAAAUGUCUAUUCUUGGUGUUGGGUUUUAUCAAAUAAAUGUCCCCCAAAAAUGCGA